AUGGAGCAAACGCCGAUAGACACAUUGGGGCCAACGAUUGAAGUGUUGGCCCACUUUCGUUUGCAGGGUAUUAAGGAGUUUUUCGUGCGGGACGUCUGGAAGGACUGUCAAGCAGUUUCAGAAUACGUGAACCGGUUUCAGUCUGCAAAAAGAGCGAUUGCUGGUAUCAUGGAGGCCGCAACCCGCGUGCGCCUCAUUUGUGUCGACAAAAAGAAUACCAGGGAACUUGACGGUUUCCUCUGUCAACAAGCUGAGGUCCAGAAGGAUGCGCUAAACUCUCUACAGGACCAUUACAACGAAAUAGUUGGCAAUAUUCUUAACAUCCAAGAGGUAUGCCAAAGGGGAAAUUCUCUUUGCGCUGAGACGACGCAGUUGAGAUCACUGCAGGUACCAAUUCUGUCUCUACCAUCUCUUUCGCCAGAUAGCCGAACAGUGGAUGUUCUACUGUAUGGCCAAACAAAACAGCUCGCUGCCCAUUCUCGUUUGCAGCUGUUCAAGGAGCAAAACAAAGAUGUACAAAGAGAGUGGACAGCAUUUGUUGAUAAAAUGGAUCUGGAGUGGCGGGAAGCACUACGGAAAAUUGCCCGCAUUUCUCUCCAGGUGAACCGGAAUUCUCAAACAAAGCGGAAGGAUGAGGAAGAGCUUGCUACAGCCCUCUACCCAAAAGAGAGCAAACGCAAUGCCGUUGAUGCAUAUCCGCUAUUGAGAAUUUUCGCUGUGCUUUGCCUUGAGGAGGACGGGAAUGGCAGUCGAAUGACGUUUGACCCAUCACCAGAUAAAUUGAAGUCAGCGCUGGAAGGCAUCUGCAGUGAUGCCAUCCUCACGCUGAGCCAUUUGCCCAAACUGUGCCAAUCACUGGAGAUAAGGGACGCACAACCGUCUUCAAGUGAAGAGGAAUUCUCUACAGAAGCUAACAGCUGGUAUACUUCACUUGCUACGGACGACGAAUGUGAAAAGCUUGCUUCACAGACAAUUAUUUGUUUCCUGGAAACUGACUUUACACAGCUAAAACAAUCUUUGCUGGAACAGUGCCAAAUGAAACGAACGUGUUUCACUGCCUAUUUGCAUGAAAGCGCUAGGAAAGAACAACAUGCAGUCUUUGACUUCAUUGAUUUUAAAGUGUCUGAAGAGGAAACUGCGAAUCUUGAAAAGCUCACCCCAGCAAUUGACGGAUUCGCGGCAGCCCUAGAAGCUGCGGAAGCUAUGCUCAUUAGGACCAAAAAAGCAAUGAAAGUAGACACGGAAAUACUUGUCAACGUGUUAGGCCGAAGGGCUUCAGAGCUCUUCAAACAAUUUAUGACAUCUGCUCCCUUUGACGGAUCAUCCUUUAACUACGAGACAGCCACCGCCUUCGGCAUUAUACAGGGUUUCAAAGCUGAGAUCAGCAAACUAUGUGCUGACCGGGACCAACUGGUUCCGAUCCUCGACUUCUUUGGCAUUGAAUACCACACCAGUCGGGACCUGGAGCAGAUGCAGAGUGAUAUUGAAAAGCUAUGGGAAGUGUGGUCACUAAAAAAUGAAUGGGAUGGAGCAUGGGAGUCAAUGAGCGACAAACCAUUUUAUUCACUAGAUGUACCAGAAAUUCACGCCCAAGGAGAUAUUUUCCUUGAGAGGCUUUUGAGCAUUAAGGAAGGGCGGGACUGGGCGAUUUGGCGCAAGGUUCACCUCGAGCUGGAACAAUUAACACAAGCCUUACCUCUCAUUACGAACCUCCUAGAUCCCUCUAUUAGGGAUCGCCAUUGGGACCGCAUCAAGGCGGAAGUGGCGGAGAAGUUUGAUCAGCGCUCUCCGGAGUUUACUUUGAAAUCUGUUUUCCACCUGGAACUCUUGCGCCGAUCCGACUUAAUCUCUCGCCUUACCGACGAAGCACGGAAGGAAUUCAAAAUUGAAGUGGCCCUGAAUGACAUAAUCGCAGUGUGGAGCUCUCUGGAGCUUAAUAUUGUGCCAUACAAGACUAACAUGCUCCGCGUCGAGGCAGAUGAGGGCCUCCUGGCUACGUUGGAAGAGCAUUUGCUGAGUCUUUCAACUAUAAAAAGUGACCAGUUUCACUUUCCAUUCAAGGACCUUGUAAACUAUUGGGAGUCCACGUUAUCUACAAUUGCGGAGCUACUGGAAUUACUCCAGCAGGUUCAGAGACAGUGGGUAUACCUGGAAAAUGUCUUUCGAGGAUCGGAAGAUAUUCGCAUACUGCUACCGCAAGAGGCAACGCUGUUUGACAGAACGGACAGGCUAUUCUUCUAUACUCUUCUCAACUUUCAGCAGGCCUCGACGUUAGUCAAUGCGUGCAGCCAGCCAAAUAUACGGGAGGAGCUCCACCUUAUGAAUGAUGAUUUAGAAGAUAUACAAAAGUCUCUAGACGACUAUCUUGAGAGAAAAAGGCAGGAGUUCCCCCGCUUCUACUUUGUUUCUAAUUCUGACAUGCUAGAAAUCCUGGGGGAGGCAAAAGAUCCAGAAAAGAUCCAGAAGCACAUAAAGAAGUGCUUUCAAGGAAUUAAGAGCCUGGACUUGGUUCCUCCUGGCAAGCGCGGAAACAGAUGCUGGGAAGCGGAUGGAUUUACAUCCUGCGAAGGGGAGAGACUGAAGUUCAUUCCAAGGCCAAUAGUUGUAGAAGGAGGAGUAGAGCAAUGGCUGAACAAGGUUACAAAGGCGAUGCGAGAUACUCUAAGGAGGCAGCUGGUCACCGUCCACCAGCAGAGUAUGGCUCAUGGGACGAAAAAGGACAAGUGGAUCAAAGACAAUUGCUUCCAGCUUGUCAUAACCUCUUCCCAGAUUAAUUGGACUACGGAGACCGAAAGUGCCCUCCGCCGACUUAGCAGGGGAAACAAAAUGGCUCUCAAAACCUUAAAACGUCAUCAGUCGAGACAGCUUCUGCAUCUGGCAGAACUUAUGAAAAAGGCUGGGAGCGACAGGGAGAGAAUGAAGCUGAAGCCGCUAGUGACCGUUGAAGUACAUAACAGAGAUGUGCAUGAAAAAUUGAUGCAGAGUCGCUGCGACAGCGAACAUCACUUUUCUUGGACCUCACAGCUUAGGAUGGAGCUGCGAGAAGACAUCCACGAGGCAGACAAAACCCAGCCUGGACUUUCAGGAGCCCUCGUUUGUCAGUGCCUCCAGACGGAAACAGUUACGCCUUAUGGCUACGAGUACCAGGGCAUUUACAGUCGGCUAGUCAUAACCCCUCUUACGGACCAGUGUUUCAUGGCGCUUACAUUCGCUCUGCAUUUGAGACUGGGUGGAUCGUGCCAGGGGCCCGCAGGAACUGGAAAGACAGAGACAGUUAAGGACCUUGGGAAAACCCUAGCAAAAUUUGUUAUUGUUUUCAAUUGCUCGGACGCUCUGGACUUCAUGUCGCUAGGGCGAAUAUUUAGUGGACUGGCUCAAAGCGGCGCUUGGUGCUGCUUUGAUGAGUUCAACCGCAUUGGUUUAGAAGUCCUCUCCGUCGUUGCACAGCAAAUAUCAACUAUUCAGAAUGCCUUGAGAGAAGUUGCGACGGAUGAACACGUCCAACGGAAAUUCUUUUUUGAGGGCCAGAGGGUCCGCUUAGACCCUGGCUGCGGGAUAUUCACCACCAUGAAUCCAGGCUACAAAGGGAGAGCCGAACUACCUGACAACCUAAAAAGCCUUUUCCGGCCAGUUGCUAUGAUGACCCCUGACGCCUCUCUUAUUUGCGAAAUUUUGCUGAUGGCGGAGGGAUUUGACUCUGCUAGGCUGCUUUCACGCAAAGCUACUGCGCUUUUCCAACUGAUGGCGCAGCAGCUUAGCAAACAGGACCACUAUGACUUUGGACUCCGCCCAAUUCGUGCGGCACUGCAAAGAGCAGGGGAAAUCAAGCGUCAGGCAAGCGAAACCAUGGCGGAACAAGCUGUGGUAAUCCAAGCAAUCCUUGACUUGGUUGUCCCCAAGACUGUGCCAGAGGACUUGGAUAUUUUGUUUGCUCUUGUCAAGGACCUUUUCCCGGAGGCAGAGCUUGCUGAAAGUGAAUCAGAAACGCUUCGGGAGGCCCUGGAAGUGAUCAUAGAGAAAAACGGUUGGACUAAAGUUGAGCAUGAAGCGACAAAAGCUCAACAAUUGUAUCAGUGCAUGCAAACUCGUCAUGGAAACAUGCUAGUUGGCAGUACCCUUUCCGGAAAGUCCACGGUGCUGUCAAUGCUUGAACAAGCUUUGACCUACCUUGCUAGUAAAGGUCUGGAUUACCCUAGCGUUAGAAAGUGCAUAGUCAACCCAAAGUCACUGGAUGGAGCUGAGCUCUACGGCGGUUUCAGCCCUACUACACGAGAAUGGACAGAUGGGGUAUUUUCAGCAUUGCUUCGGACUUCCUGCAACGAAGCUCAACUACAAAGCCGAUGCAGCAGAUGGGUUGUGCUCGACGGACCCGUUGAUACAACAUGGGUUGAAAGCAUGAACUCGCUACUUGAUGAUAACAAAACACUAACGUUGACAAAUGGAGACCGAAUUGAACUGCAUUCACAGGUGUCAUUGCUUUUCGAAGUAGAAAACCUUUCAGCGGCUUCUCCAGCAACCGUUAGUAGGGUAGGCAUCCUCUUCAUGGAUCCCACAAUGCUAGGUGAGCUCACUGCGAUAACAUAG